AUAUGCCAUCUGAUUAUCCUAUAUGUGGUGGAAUUAAAUUCAUUUCUCCUAAAGCUGGUGACGAAAAGAUAAAUCAUCAAAAGAUUGAAGUAGUUUGGGAAACAAACUCGUAUACAGAAGUAAAUGGCCUUGACUUAUAUAAUGAAAAUGGAAAUUUUGUUGAAUCAUUCUGGGAAGAGAUUAAACUUACCGAAAAAGAUGGUAAAGUUUCGGGAAAAUUCAGACUUAGAGUUCCUUCAAAUACUAAAUUACCUGAUAAAUUUACGUUUAAAAUUUUGGGCAAAGGUGAUGAUAACAUGCCUUGUUCUACACUUAGUGAAAAUUUAUCAAACAAUUUCGGUUCGUUGCUUGGUUCAGAGUUUGAGUAUAAUGUCAUAAUCGAUGUAGGAAAUGGUGCAGACCACAAAGAAUUUCAUGCUCACUCUGUU